UUUAAUUUGGUUACGGUUCCUGUCGACGUCGAGAGUGCUUUUGGACUAAUAAGAAAGAACAAGUGUUUGCUUCAAACCAAUAUUCCUGGGGAUGCACUGUGAUUGUUUCGGUUUUUUUCGAGGCUUAGUGGCGUAGGAAACAAGAGAUGCAGCAGAUGCAACAGAAGUUGUAGUAGAACUACUGGCUACCUUGCUCAGGUAGCAAGCCCAAAAUCACAAUAGCCUCUUUAUUUGUACUCGAUUUACAAUGCAUGUGCAUGUUCAAGACACGAAGUCUUGCAUCCAACAUCCAACAUUCAACCUCUCAACUAUUACUUUCCCAUAUACUAACGUUAAAUAUUUUACUGUUCACUAACGGGAACACCAUACUAAUCAACGCUUGCAGAUCGUUAUUAUGAAUUGAAUCUCUGCCAGGUAUUGGCAUUGUAGCCUAGGCGUGACUUACGAAAAUGGCGUCAAGGCUUGACCGUCUCGUUACGAUCCUCGAGACAGGCAGCACGAAGUUAAUCAAAGAUACUGCCGUCAACCAAUUAGCUGAUUGGCAAAAGCAACACCCUGAGGAACUCUUCAACCUACUAUCUAGAGUUGUACCUUACCUUCGUCACAAGGACUGGGACACUCGAGCUACUGCGGCUAAGGCUCUUGGUAAAAUUAUCGAGAACGCUCCCUUUUAUGAUCCUAAUGAGGAUGAAGAUCCUACUAUAGCGAAGAAGGAAGAGGCCAGCGGCGAACCUGACUUCGUGAAAAAGGAGGAAAACGAUGAGCCGCCGUUAUCCUCUGACGAGUAUUUCAAGCCUGAGGCGUUAGACGUCUCGAUUAUUCUCAAAUAUGGUCGUGAGCUGCUAAGGACUGGUAAUGUGGAUUACGGACUGGCAAGUCUUGACCCUCAAGCGCGGCUCGCGCAUCAAAAGAAGACGCUCACAGGUCGGCUUGGGCUGCUGGGUAGACGAUUCGAAGAUGAAGAGGUUCCGAUCACGGCUGAAAAAUCAGCUAGCCCUUUCACGCCGCAGGAUCCUAACCCUACUAAUGGUGUAGCCCGUCACGAUACUAAUACUAAUGCUAGUGUCGGGUCUAAUCAACCAGCCGAAGAGUCCGGUUUAAGCGCUCGACAGCUAAACGUUCUCAAAAGAAAACGGAAGAGAGAUGCGCAAAAAGCCGCCCAAGGAAAAAGUGGCUUUGGUGACUUAUCCAUACGCCGUUCCUUUACCGCGGGAUCAGAAGGGCUAGACGAUACACCUAUGCCAGAUGCUGAUACGAAGAAGGGCGGAAAGACGGACUACUUCAGUCUUAAUCGACCAGCCGACGUUGAUGAGGAUACCAAGAUCGUCUCCGAGUUUAAAGGGCCGGUUGUUACCAUUAAAUCAGAAAUCGAGACAGAAGACGAGCUUCAAGGGUCGGAAUGGCCGUACGAACGCCUAUGUGAGUUUCUCAAGAUCGACAUAUUCGACGCGCAGUGGGAAACGCGCCAUGGUGCUGCACUGGGCCUGCGAGAGAUACUACGGGUACACGGUGCCGGAGCUGGCCGGCUGAGAGGAAAAUCGAGAGUUGAGAACGAUGCGUUUAACAGAAAGUGGUUGGAUGACAUGGCCUGCCGACUCUGUUGCGUGCUCAUGCUGGACAGAUUCACUGAUUAUGCCUCCGACACAUCUGUCGCACCAAUUCGAGAGACCGUUGGUCAGACUCUGGGCUCAUUCCUAAAACACGUGCCACCGGCGUCUGUUUAUAGUAUUUAUCGAAUUUUGCUUCGAAUGGUGAUGCAGCAGGAUCUUGGUUUGGACAGGCCAAUCUGGGCUGUCUGCCAUGGUGGCAUGGUGGGCUUGCGAUAUGUUGUUGCGGUGAGAAAGGAUUUGCUACUCCAGCACAACGAUAUGAUUGAUGGUAUAGUCCAAGCUGUCAUGAAGGGUCUCGGUGACAGCGACGACGAUGUCCGAUCCGUCAGUGCGGCCACCUUGAUCCCCAUAGCCCAGGAGUUCGUUAAGCUUCGACCAGGGGCACUCGACGAAUUGAUUUACAUUAUGUGGGAAAGUCUGUCCAGCUUAGGAGAUGAUCUUAGUGCUAGCACGGGUAAGAUUAUGGACCUGUUAGCCACUCUCUGCGGCUUCCCGGAGGUCUUAGAAGCAAUGAAGCAUUCUGCCGAACAAGAUGAAGAGAGAUCUUUCACGCUAUUAGUUCCGCGACUUUAUCCAUUCUUACGACAUACAAUAACCUCGGUUCGUCUUGCCGUCUUGAAAGCUCUCAUGACGUUUGUCAAUCUCGGCACAGAAUCCCAAGGUUGGCUUGAUGGAAGAACCCUCCGAUUGAUAUUCCAAAAUAUGCUCGUGGAACGUGACCAGGAGACUCUCCGCAUGUCCAUGGAUCUGUGGGCUGCUCUAGUUAAAUGCCUGGCGAAGAAUCCAGAUAAGCUGGCGCAUGAAUUCGCCCCGCAUAUUGAUGCCCUUAUGCAACUUACUCUACAUCCUGUUGGAGUCUCUCGGCAUCCUAUACCUAUGAAUGGUGCGCUCUUCCUUAAACCAUCCGGAGGCACAUACUCGGUGCCUGGUUUCGCCCCUUCGACCGCACGUAAGGGUUCCGAGCCGGAGGGAGAGCGAGCUACGAAGAGGCGAAAGAAAUCCACUAAAGCUGACGAUCCGCCCCCAACCGCUCAUUCACACGAUCUCGAUGGCCACAUGAUGCAAGGAGAUGUAGACCUAGUCGGGAUCGAUACCCUUGUCCGCUCUCGCGUUUCUGCGGCGGCAGCAAUGGGGUUGAUCAUGUCGCUUGUGCCUACGCAGCAUCUAGAAUCCUACGAUGCCACGCUCGUCCCGGGACUAACAUCGUCUUACUCAUCUACCCAACUCGCGGCGUGCAUAGUGAUCGACGAAUACGCUCGAAACUGCGUUUCAUCUCAAGCCGAGACGUCGAGAUAUACGGGCGAACUGCAAAAGAUCAUAGAUUUGGAACGACCUUCCCAAUAUCGCGAUCUAGUGAGUUAUGUUCAACGAGUACGUUCACAGUGCCAACAGCUCAUGAGUCUCUUCAGAGACCAUGGAAAAGUGCCUCAACACAAACUUCCAGCUCUUCCUGUUGUUGUGCAAGGCGAGGCAGAAGCAGGCCCAGGAGCCUUUUCUCUCAUUACGGCUGAGAAGUGCAUCAAUGAGGAUUUCGAAAGAUUAAAGAGGGUUAUGGUACCAGCGCAACGCUUGAUCGCUAAUCAACAGCUCAACGAACUUCGCGCUGCUGCCAUAGAAGCGAUUGAGGAUGCCAAGUCUGUUAAAGACACGCGGGACGUUCGUAUCAGAGCCGCGGCGGCCUGCGCUCUUAUAGCAAUGAAAGUACUCCCCAAGAAACCAAGCCCUCUAAUUAAGGCUAUCAUGGACAGCAUCAAGCUAGAGGAGAACCAGCAACUUCAGACUCGCUCUGCAGACACAAUUGGCCGGCUAGUCCAAUUAUUCACCGAGAAAGGCCGACGAGGUCCCGCCGAUAAGGUCGUUUCUAAUCUAGUCAAAUUCUCUUGUGUUGAGGUUGCCGAAACGCCCGAGUUUCCAGUUCACGCAACGAAGACAAACAUCAUCCUAUCAAUGCAAAAAGAGGAAGACAGAGUUGACCAUGGGCCAGACGCUGCUAAGUUUGCUCGGGAAGCUAAAGGUGCUCGCAUCACCCGACGGGGAGCGAAAGAAGCUCUUGAGAUUCUCUCUCGCACGUUUGGUGCAGAUCUGUUUACUACAGUCCCGAGCUUGAGGGCUUUUAUGGAAGAACCUUUGACGAAAGCAUUUUCAGGCGAACUGCCUGCCGAAGCCAAGGAUCCUGAGGAUCUGUUCGGGCAGGAAAUUGUAGAUGCUAUGUCGGUUAUCCGGACCAUGACACCGACGUUAGACAAAGCCCUUCACCCAUUCAUAAUGCAACAAGUACCACUUGUCAUCAAGUCACUCCAUUCAGAAUUAUCCAUAUUUCGAUACAUGGCUGCAAAAUGCUUGGCCACUAUCUGCAGUGUCAUCACCGUAGAGGGCAUGACUGCCCUCGUGGAGAAAGUGCUGCCUUCUAUUAACAACCCUAUAGAUCUACAGUUCCGUCAAGGCGCGAUAGAAGCUAUUUAUCACCUGAUUGCCGUUAUGGGCGACGGCAUCCUCCCUUACGUAAUUUUCCUCAUCGUACCUGUUUUAGGUCGUAUGAGCGACUCGGACAACGAUAUUCGCCUGAUCGCAACUACGUCCUUCGCUACGUUGGUUAAACUGGUACCCCUCGAAGCUGGCAUCCCUGAUCCACCUGGCCUCUCUGAAGAGCUACUAAAGGGUAGAGACCGCGAGAGAACAUUUAUCGCACAGCUCCUUGACCCCAAAAAGGUUGAGCCGUUCAAAAUACCAGUUGCAAUCAAUGCUGAGUUGCGUUCAUACCAACAAGAGGGUGUCAAUUGGCUUCAUUUCCUAAACAGGUACCACCUUCACGGUAUUCUCUGCGAUGAUAUGGGGCUUGGGAAAACGCUUCAGACCCUUUGUAUCGUCGCGAGUGAUCAUUACAACAGAGCAGAAGAAUUCAAAAAGACCGGUGCUCCAGACGUGCGAAAGCUCCCAUCCCUUAUUGUCUGUCCACCAACGCUCUCGGGACAUUGGCAACAGGAAUUAAAGACGUUCGCUCCUUUCCUGAACGUCACCGCUUUCGUUGGACCUCCUGCCGAAAGAAGGGCCAAGGCAGCUCAGUUCGCCUCGACAGACGUCGUCAUUACUUCAUAUGAAGUUUGUCGCAACGAUACUGACUAUCUUGAGAAGCAGAGCUGGAAUUACAUUGUUCUUGAUGAAGGUCACUUGAUUAAAAACCCCAAAGCGAAGAUCACCCUUGCCGUGAAGAGACUCGCCAGUAAUCAUCGAUUAAUCCUAACCGGCACACCGAUUCAGAACAACGUCCUAGAGCUCUGGUCACUCUUCGACUUUUUAAUGCCGGGAUUCCUUGGAGCCGAAAAGGUGUUCUUGGAUCGAUUUGCUAAGCCGAUAGCCGCUAGUCGCUUCAGUAAAGCUUCUUCCAAGGAACAAGAAGCCGGGGCUCUAGCGAUCGAAGCUCUACACAAACAAGUCCUGCCAUUCUUACUUCGUCGUUUGAAAGAGGAAGUUCUUGACGAUCUGCCCCCCAAGAUUCUCCAAAACUACUACUGUGAUCUUAGCGACCUGCAAAGGAAACUAUUCGAAGACUUCACCAAGAAACAGAGUAAGAAGCUCACGGAGGAAGCUGGCCGUGACGACAAAGAAGCCAAGCAGCACAUCUUCCAAGCUCUGCAGUACAUGCGAAAGCUAUGUAACUCUCCGGCACUUGUUAUGACACCGAGCAACAAACUUUACGACGAUACCCAGCGCUUCCUUGUGAAACAAGGAACUAGCAUAGACGACCCGGUACACGCUCCCAAGCUGACCGCUCUGAAAGACCUGUUGGUUGAUUGCGGCAUUGGAAUUGAAGGUACCGAUGCGAACGAUCCUCUCUACCAGCCUAUAAAGCCGCAUCGCGCGUUGAUUUUCUGUCAGAUGAAAGAAAUGCUUGACAUGGUCCAGAAUACAGUAUUGAAGCGCAUGCUUCCUUCUGUUUCGUAUCUACGACUCGACGGCUCUGUUGAGGCGAAUAAGCGGCAGGAUAUCGUUAAUAAAUUCAACAAGGAUCCCUCCUACGACUGUUUACUACUCACCACUAGCGUUGGUGGCUUAGGUCUCAACCUUACAGGAGCGGAUACUGUCAUCUUUGUCGAGCAUGACUGGAAUCCUCAACGAGAUCUCCAAGCCAUGGACCGUGCUCACCGAAUCGGGCAGAAGAAAGUUGUCAAUGUUUAUCGGUUGAUUACGAGAGGCACACUGGAAGAGAAGAUUCUGAGCCUUCAAGCAUUCAAGAUAGAUGUGGCAUCUACCGUAGUGAACCAACAGAAUGCCGGCUUGGGAACCAUGGACACGGACCAAAUAUUAGACCUCUUCAGCCUGGGUGAUUCAGGACCGAACCUGAUAUCAGAUAAACCUCAAGGCGCUAUCGAAGGACGAGAAGAGGAUAUGGUGGAUGUUGAAACGGGAGACGUGAGAGCACCAGGCAAGAAAGCAUGGGCAGAUGACCUAGGAGAACUCUGGGAUAACCGCCAGUACGAGGAAAGCUUUGAUUUAGACGGCUUCCUCAAAACGAUGCAAUAAUGAUCGCGAUUGAAAGACUAAUGAGAGUCCCAAGAAGGCCAAGCAUCAGGAGCAGCCUCGAUAAUAACGGUAUGCCUAUGGGCGAAACAUACCGGCAUUGUAUUGUGUAGUUACUAUUGUAUUAUAGCAAGUUCCGGCGAUACGAUGCAUUGACAGACAGCCUCGCAGUAGGGCUCGACUAAAUACCUAUACAUAUUGACUUUACUAAAAGAUGCAAUAUCCCUAAAUUCUUUUUCGACGACGCAUUUAAUCAUUUCAAUAUUCGUUUCGGGCCUUAUUUUCCGUAAAAUCAUGAAUUUCC